GUCAGUUAACAUUAAAACUUGUACAUCAUAUUGCCUUCUAAAGACGAGGCGUACGGCUUCUUCAUAACACCAAAAAUAUGCCGAAGAACCAGAAAGUAUGCUCACAUGAGGCCCUAGAGCUAGAACCAUCAGCGUACGCUAAAGAGGCGGGAUUCGUUUGGUCAAGUCCAGAUCGAAGAUUGGCUGCGACAACCAAGUCUGGCAGAAAUCCGUUGAUUACGAAGGGACAGAAUGCUAAGACACUUGAGGUUUUGACCCAGGAUUCCGCAAGCAAGCUGUCUAGCGCGUUCCCAGGGCCAUUAGUCUUACCAAAUGACGAGUUAGCUCUGAAUCCCAAAUACCCACCGCAAUCGUUUCGAUCCUGGCUCAAUGAGAGCCUACGAAAGAAUCGUAAACCGAAUAAGAGGCGUCAGACUUUGUAUGUUGCGACUGCUCCUGAGAUUACAUCUAGUGUGGGUUUCAUGAAGAAAUGGCUGCAGCCACACGUCAAAAAGGGAGGAAAGCUAAUGGCUGCUGAGAUGUUAAAUUCACUGCCAACCGAAGAUCUUGUCAACUUUACAGGCGCUUUUUACCAUGGGAUGCCUGUCAAAGCUUUUCCACAUCGCUUGCAAUUCGUGCCCUGGGAUGAGCCGAAGAAGUCGGGCAAACGGGAUAGCAAUAUGGACUACGUUGGACUGUUGGCUGGUAAUAAUUGCACCCGCAUUCGCGCUAGGCCAUGUCCUGAUGGUACUUUCGGCCGUCAAUUGAAUCUUGAGGAUCUACUUGACGCCGCUAUUGAGAUGCUGCUUGGAGAUGCCUAUUCCAUUAUCUUACUGUUUGACCAUGAUAUGUACGAGGACGAAGACGACGACUUUUGUUGUGGUAGAGCGUAUGGUGGGAACCGUGUCGCGGUGGUCUCUACGGCAAGAUACCACCCCGCUCUGGACGAUCAUGCUGAAAUCGAUUUUGCGCACAUGUGGCCAGCUUCCCACUGCAAGUCCUAUGUUGAUAGCGCAUGCACAUUGGAAGGCGUUGAACCAACCCCGAAGAAGACUCAACGGAUGGAUGAUGCACUUGGGCCAUUACAGGCUGCGUCAGAAGCAGCAGGAAAUCUUGCGGAACCUUCGACGUCGGAAGAUCGAAAAGCUCUAUGGUUCUCGAGGAUCGCAAGGACAACAGUCCAUGAGCUUGGUCAUUGCCUUGGCAUAGACCACUGCAUUUACUAUGCUUGUGUCAUGCAGGGUACAGCGCGGAUGGCGGAAGACGUGCGACAGCCUCCUUAUCUCUGCCCCGUGUGUCUAAGUAAAGUGUCGCAUGCGAUUGCUUGCGAAUUAGGUGGGCGGGAUGAGGCAGGAAAAGAAGAAUAUGUGAAAGAAAGGUAUCGAUCAAUCGCGAAUUUCUGCGAAUCGUGGAAGCAGGUCGGUUUAUUUGCUGGAUACGGAGCCUGGAUUCGAGCUAGGCUAGAGCAGCUCGAAUGAUCAUCAGCGCUUAACCUGGCAGACCGUAAAUCUGUGCCAGCCAUUUCUAGGUACUAAAGAAACAAGUAUUAUGACCUUUUCCUUGUUCCGAGCGCUACAAUAAAGUCAGGAAUUGGUUACCAUAUCAUGGUGCGGUCCGGUUGAAAACACGAAUCUUGGACUUGGUGCAUGACAUGGCCAACCAACAGCAUCACGUUACCGACUGCGAGAUAUGCACUCGAGCCCCAAUCUGUCAAAAACAAUUUGCCGCCUUUCAGGUGACCGAUCUUUUCUCUCUUCGGGGCCGACUGUUUUGGCCGAAGCCGAGCGACAACUCCGUUGA